GAUUGGCAAACAAUCAAUUGUUUUCCCAAAAAAAGCGCGCACUGCCAGAAUAAUUUAGCAUUUUCAAGAAAUUCCUACUAAGUUAUCAUGGCACUAUGGGUAGACAAAUACAGACCACGCGAAUUAUCCAAAUUGGAUUAUCACAAGGAUCAGGCCGAAAAUUUGCGCAAUCUUUGCAAGCAAAGCGAUUUCCCGCAUCUAAUGUUCUACGGACCAUCGGGAGCUGGAAAGAAGACGCGCAUAAUGUGCCUUCUACGCGAAAUGUAUGGUGUCGGAGUAGAAAGGUUGCGCAAUGAGACGAUGAGCUUUACAACGCCAUCAAAUCGUAAGAUCGAAGUAAUGACGGUCAGCAGCAACUAUCAUUUGGAAGUGAAUCCAUCGGAUGCUGGCAUGUAUGAUCGCACUGUAGUCAUAGAUCUAAUCAAACAGGUGGCGCAGACGCACCAAAUCGACAUCAAUGGUCAGCGCGAGUUCAAGGUGAUUGUAAUAUCGGAGGGCGAUGAGCUAACUAAGGAUGCACAACACGCUCUACGUCGCACCAUGGAGAAGUACAUCGCCACAUGCCGCAUUAUACUAUCCGUCAAUUCCACAUCUCGCAUCAUUCCGGCCAUUCGAUCACGUUGUUUGGGCAUAAGAGUGGCUGCGCCCAGCUCCACAGAGAUGACAUCUGUUUUACAAGCCACGUGCAAACGUGAAGGACUCGUGUUGCCACCAGAGUUGGCCAUGCGGGUUGUUGAUAAAUCUGAACGGAAUCUUCGACGAGCUCUUCUAAUGCUCGAAGCGUCCAAAGUGCAGCAGUAUCCAUUCACAGCGCAACAGGAGAUCGCCGAUCUAGAUUGGCAAGUAUAUCUACGCGAAACGGCAAAUCAGAUUGUAAGUGAGCAAACGCCAGCGAAAUUGGAAAAAAUACGCGACCGUUUGUAUGAGCUGCUCUCGCAAGGAGUGCCGCCGAAUAUAAUUUUUCGCGGCCUUGUCGAGCAUCUGGUCAACAAUUGUGAUAUGUCCAUCAAAGCAAAGACACUGGAACAUGCCACACAAUACGAGCAUCGUAUGCAAAACGGCGCUAAGCACAUAUUUCACUUGGAAGCCUUUGUGGCUCAAUUUAUGAAUAUUUACAAGAAAUUCCUGGCCGAUUUGGUAAUGACAGAUGAUUUCUAA